AUGAUUGUUCCCAUCCGUUGCUUUUCGUGCGGCAAGGUCACGGGCGACCUAUGGGAGAAGUACAUGACCAUUCUCAGUGAAGGCAAAGAAGAAGCUGAGGCCCUCGACGAGAUCGGUCUCCAACGCUACUGCUGCCGCCGCAUGAUUCUUACCCACGUCGAUCUCAUCGAAAAGCUUCUCAAGUACGUUCCCGCCGCCGAUCGCGACAAGCUGAUGCGCUGCCAGAAUGCAGAGAUGCAGAGACAUCAGCGGUAA